AUGGGAAGCAUGGUCACGACACGCACACGCAUCACCUUACCGGACUUCCGGCGCCCAACCCCCGAAGAGUGCCAAAUCACGUACGAAAUACUGGAAGACCUCCACGGCGAUGUGGUCCGUGAAAACUUUGCCGACCCAGACGCUCCGGCCCAAGAAUACCCCUACGUCAUGGACGCUUUGGUAGUGGCCGCACUUAGCCAGGCGACGAGCUGGGCCAACGCGAAACGCGCGAUGAAAAACAUGAAGGUCGUCUACGGCUCCACCUUCAACUACGAUGCGAUCGUCAAGGGAGGCAUGGAGAAGCUGAUUGACGCCCUCCGUCCCGGCGGGAUGCAGAAUCGGAAGGCCAAGAUUUUGAUGCAGUUGUUGAACGACGUCAAAGCUCGCCACGGCAAAUGGGAUCUUCAACAUUUGUUCAACGCAAGCGACGAUGAUGUGGUCAAAGAAGUCGUCAGCUACUGGGGCCUCGGCCCAAAAUGCGCCUUCUGUCUUCUGAGCAUAUGCCUCAAAAGGGACGCAUUCGCGGUGGAUACACACAUCUAUCGCAUUACAGGGCUCUGGGGUUGGCGACCAGCUGAUGCUUCAAAGGAGAUGGCCCAGGCUCAUUUGAACGCGCGUAUCCCCAAUGAGCUCAAGUUUGCGUUGCAUUAUCAAUUCAUAGUACAUGGCCGAGAGUGUCCUGCAUGCCGUGGGAACGGUGAUAAGACGGCGGCAUGUGAAUACAAGACCGCGCUGGCACAGAGAAAUGCAGAAAUAACAAGGCAGAGCUGCACGAAAUAG